CACCUAACUCUAGUUAGAGAAUCACAGAGACAGGAGUUUAAUUACUUUCCGACAAGAAACUUAUACCUGUAACUCUGUUGUCAUAUUAUCGAAGAGAUCCAGAAGUUUUAAAUACAAGAAGAAGAAGAAGACAUAGGAAUCGAUCGGAGGGAUGGGAGAAGUGUGGACAUGGAUAAUAUCAUUCUUAAUCCUCAUCACCCUUGUCGGAUUAAUUGUUUACCAGCUUAUGUGCUUAGCUGAUCUGGAAUUUGAUUACAUAAACCCUUACGACUCUGCAUCAAGAAUAAACUCUGUGGUAUUACCAGAGUCCAUUCUUCAAGGAUCUCUAUGUCUAUUCUUUCUCGUAACUGGUCACUGGUUCAUGGCACUACAUGGUCUCCCUUAUCUCUACUACAAUUUCCAACUUUACUUGAAAAAACAGCAUUUGAUAGACGUGACAGAGAUCUUCAGCUUGCUUGACUGGGAAAAGAAGAAACGGCUCUUCAAGCUCGCCUACCUGAUCCUCACUCUCUUUCUGACCCUUUUCUGGUUAAUCUAUUCAACACUGGAUGAUUACGAGGAGUGACGGCAACAUCAUAUGUUGUUAGGGGGUUUGUGGUAUUUAUAGAUUUGUGUAACCAGAUUUUAGUUUGUAGUGAAAUUCUUCUGAUCUUGUGGCCUGGUGAUGCAGCCUAUGUGUUAACUCCAGAACCAUUUUUGGCGUUUUAUUCAUCCAAAUUGGAACCUUCUAACUUGUUCAGAUGGUUUAUACUGUUAAGUUGCAAAAUUACGUUUGUAGGGUUUAAAUUAAUUUAUAAGUACCAAACACGAUUUCAUGUAAACGAC